GAAUAAGUUCACAAGUUUUACUUUUGUUCCAUAGAGAGGCAAAGAAGCUAGUAGGGUUUUUUUUAAGUGUGUUUCAGAAUUGAGCCAGCUAGCAUUGCCAAGGUUGCAGGAGUGUCAUUUCCUCUUCUUUAACUGGAAAUUACAAAUAACACUCCAUAUUGUAUUGCUGGAAAUAGCAAAUGACACUGAAUACUGUAUAUUAGGACCAACCUUGGGCACACAGAAAAAUUCUCUCAGACCUUGUUACUUCUGUUAUUUUUACACAGUGAGUGACAGAGCAUCCAAAGACAUUUACAAAAUUUCUGGAGUAGCAUCUCUAACAUUAGUUGCCAAACUGCCCGGAGGUUGUUCUCAUGCUGUGAUACAGUGACUUGCUGUGAAGAUUCAGGGUCUUGAAAGUACUUGAAAACAGUAGUUUGAUGAGUGAUGCUGUCCCAGAAAUCCACAUGAGUUGUAAUUCAGAGACACCUGUGCUGCUCUGUUUUAGAGUCAGUGUUGAUUUUAUGUUCUGUCCUGUUUAGACCACUUGGACUCCUAAUGGGGCAGGUGCUGCUGUUGUUGGAAGAAAUAACGAACCAGAUGUACCUUCUGUAUGUUCUGAUAAGACUGCUGUGGGAAAAGCAAAGGUCAUCGGAGUUGUGACUUGACUCUUGAGCUUUAACUGAGCUCUACAUGAAGCAUAAAAUAUGUUUCUCUGUUUAAGGUCAAGUCAUGGAUUAUCAGGCCUUUAUGGUAAAACAUAAAACUCUGGAAAAAAGCCUCUCUUCUAAUAGAUUUCCUGGUAACUCCCCUGAGAAAUCUGAUGUAAGAAAUUAGUAUCUCAGAAUAUAGUAUCACAGUUGGAUUAAAAAGGUUGGGAGGAAGAAAAGGUGGAUGAACUUGAGUGUACCAGAGAGAACUUUUCAUAUAAUUUGGUAGAUCUCACCUUCACUUCCCUUUGCCGUUUCUGCCCUUUUAGGAGAAACCAAAUUUCUGUGGAAGUUUUCCCUUGUGCAGUUUCACACAGACUGAUAACGUGUCCUCAAUAAAAAGUGAAGAGGAAAGAUUUUUUUUGUCAUUUCUUGUCUAUGGAGCUCUUAGAAUAAUUAUCACCUAAGGUGUAUGGGCGCUGGGAUAGAAGGUAGAACACUUAGUUUGUUGGCUUUGUGGACCGAAUUGUUGUCAUUUGGUCAGAAGUCAUUUUAGAAGCCUCCACAUAAAGUGUGUGCUUCUUGAUUGCUUUUCAGGCUUCUUAACUUUCUCCCUGGAUAACAUGGUGCAAGUGGAAAAUGCUCAUUGUACAGAUUCUCCCAUCUUUAGCCUGUGAUACACCAAAACUGAAUGCUUUGUUUGUCUGUGUCUAAACAAAGUUGAUGUGAGCCUGUGUCACAACUGUUAUGGCUUGGGAUUAAUGGUGAGAGUUGUUAGGUUCCUGUUGGGUUUUGUGCUGGAUGUUCCCAGCAUAGGGAAAAUUGAUGAAUGUUUUUGAUCAUUUAGUAUGAACGAUUUUUGGUUAUUUACAUAAAUAGUUUUAGCUGUGAAUUUUCAUAGGGUGAAAAGACCUUUGGCCUCUGUUGGGUUUUAAGAGUUAGUCAUACUGUCAUUCAUGAGCUUCUUGAACUAGAUAAUUCACUUCCAUUUUUUUUUUUUUUGGCAAGAGAUGAUGCCCAUCAUGUAAUUCAGUUUUGAUGGUGGUUUCUGGAAAGUUUUUUAGCUGUUUUACAUCCAGAACCUGAAGUCUAGGUAGUUUGUGGGUUGUCACAUUUAAUUUGAAACUGCUGUCUGGGCAGCGUUGCUUAGAGUGCUGUGAAAAAAAAUCAGUAUUGUCAUCUACCCUGACACUAGCAAGGCUGUCAAAGCAGGUUUGACUGAGGCAGCUGUACGUUUUUGGAAAUAUGCAAGCUGUUGUGUGCACAACUGUUGAAGUAGUAAACUCAGUGGGAGAAACAUGAAGGGAAAGGGAAGGGAAUCCCUGUUACUGUCUAGAUAAACAACAAAAAAAACCCCUUGUAGUUAACAUUUUCCUUUCUAGAGAUAGUUAAUGUUAGAAAAUUGGUGGUUUUAUUUUUUCCCCUUAUGAUAUUUCUAAACUUCAUGUAAGUGAGAAUCCUGUCCAGAUAGUAUUUCAUCAGUGAUCUACCCCUGUGGGGAUGGGGGAAUAACUUGUGCUUUGCCCUUACCCUUCCUAGCAUACAAUGGAGAGGGCCUUGAUUUAAAGGCAGUGACUUUACUCUUCAGUUGCUCUACCUUUUUGAGGCACUAAUUUUUUUCAAUUAUUUGGUUUUGUAUUUGACUGUUUCUCUUAGGAGAAUAUUUUGUUUCCUGCUCAGUUUGUAACUGGCUAGAAUGUUCCAAAGUCAGCAAUCUAGAGCCCUGGGUGAGGAGUUUGGGUCGUGCUUUAAGUCACUACCACUGCUCUUAGGGACAAAAAACCUUUAGAACUUGGAGUCCUGCCUGUCCCAUGCUGGAGAGCACAAGAACCUUGAUGAGAAUCCUACCAGAAUGCAAUUCUGCUUCUUGGAAAUGAAGAUGCAAUGGAUCAGCUUGAGCAGAGGGUAAAUGAAUUUUUUAUGAACGCAAAGAAAAACAAACCUGAAUGGAGAGAAGAACAAAUGACAUCAAUCAAAAAAGAUUAUUAUAAGGCUUUGGAAGAUGCAGAUGAAAAAGUGCAACUGGCUAAUCAAAUAUAUGAUCUGGUGGACCGUCAUUUGAGAAAAUUGGACCAGGAACUCGCUAAAUUUAAAAUGGAACUUGAAGCAGAUAAUGCUGGAAUCACAGAAAUAUUAGAGAGACGAUCUCUGGAGCUGGAUACACCAUCACAGCCUGUGAAUAACCAUCACGCCCAUUCUCAUACUCCAGUAGAGAAAAGGAAACACAAUCCAUCUUCUCACCACAGUACAACAGAUCAUGUUCCUGAAAAGAAGUUUAAAUCUGAAGCUCUUCUAUCUACCCUGACUUCAGAUGCUUCUAAAGAAAACACACCAGGGUGUCGAAACAGUAAUUCAUCAUCCUCUUCAAACAAUGCAUACAAUACAAACUCUUCUCAACCAUUGGCAUCAUAUAACCUGGGCUCAUUAUCUUCAGGAUCCGGGGCCGGUGCAAUUACCAUGGCAGCAGCUCAAGCAGUGCAAGCCACGGCACAGAUGAAGGAGGGAAGACGAACAUCCAGUCUAAAAGCCAGCUAUGAAGCAUUUAAAAACAAUGAUUUUCAGCUUGGAAGAGAAUUUUCAUUGUCCAGGGAUUCAGCUGGAUAUUCGUCAUCAGCUCUGGCAUCUACGUUAACACAGACAUUAAGUUCAUCAACCACAGAUUCACGAAGUGGCAGAAAAAGCAAAAACAACAACAAAUCCUCAAGUCAGCAGUCCUCGUCAUCAUCUUCUUCUUCCUCUCUAUCAUCAUGUUCUUCUUCAUCUGCACUAGCACAAGAACUGUCUCAGCAAACAGCAGUAAUACCAGAGUCUGAUUCUAAUAGCCAGGUUGACUGGACCUAUGAUCCAAAUGAGCCACGUUACUGCAUUUGUAAUCAGGUGUCCUAUGGUGAAAUGGUAGGCUGUGAUAACCAAGAUUGUCCUAUUGAGUGGUUCCACUAUGGAUGUGUUGGACUGACAGAAGCACCAAAAGGGAAAUGGUACUGUCCACAGUGUACAGCUGCAAUGAAGAGAAGAGGCAGUAGACAUAAAUAAGCUUUUUCAUCUGGAAAACAAAUUGUGUACUAAAGGUUUUAUAGAGGUCUUAGGAGCAGAGGGGGAACUCUCAGAACACCUCCUUGCAACCACUGAAGAGUUAACAUGGCAGUCAUAGAAUGGUUGGGACUCAAUGGAAAGGACCGUAAAGAUCACCUAGUUCCAGCCCCCAGUCGUAAGAUCAUGAAUAUUGGUUUUGCUAGUUGUGUUUUAACAUUCUAAGUAAAUUAUUUACGCACCUUGAUGUGCUACAGAUAAUAUUCCAGUGAGCCUUGGAUUAUUCCAGUGGCCAACAUAUGCAGAGAUUUGUACUAUCAAACCAUUUUCUCUAAGCACUGGGCAUUCUACAAUUAUUUAAUCUUCAAAGAAUUCCGAUAAGUCAAGGUUUUAAAUGUAUGUUUUAUAUACAAGAGAUAUAUUCUGCUGCAUGUACUGUACUCAAGAGCUGUUACGUAACACUAUGUAUAUAAAUGGUGCAAAAAGUCAGUGCUUCUGAAAAGAAAAAAAGAGACAAUGUUUUUAAAAUGCCUUUAUAGCUUUGGUUCUUUAUGAAACUUAAUUCAGCAGGCUGAAGAAAAUGGUUCUUGUAUACAGCGGGCUGUUGUCCUUUAGGGUACUCAAGUAUGUAAAAACAAAAAAAAAUGCUGUAGAAUAAAACAAACUUGUGCCAUUAGUCUUUAUAUGUUUCUGCUCCAGAGAAGGUGGGGGCCAUAAGAGGAAAAAAAGGUGUUAAAGUGACAAUAAAUUUUUAUACCAAAUGUGUUUAUUUUUUUGUGCAAGUAAUCCUUUAAAUUUGAAUUGUAUUAGGUGUAAAAUAAAACAACCUCAACUCCUCAAA